CCGUGACUUCGAACAAUCCUCUCUAAGAACCUACCAACAUACAUAACUUUGAGUUCGAUUUGUACACUGAUUGGAGACCAAAAUCGAGUGAAAACUCCGCCUUGCCUCUCUAGAUUUCUGGGUUGUGGUGGAAAUACAAAUUAUCAGAAGUGGUUGCAAGAAUGGCUUCAGAAAACCAAGAUAUACCGGAGGGAAAUGUACAGAACAUACUGGAGCAAGAAAGCCUCAAGUGGGUCUUCGUCGGAGGCAAAGGUGGUGUCGGCAAAACGACCUGUAGCUCGAUUCUCUCAAUCCUGCUCGCUAGUGUUCGAUCCUCCGUGUUGAUCAUCUCCACCGAUCCGGCUCACAAUUUGAGCGAUGCGUUUCAACAGCGAUUCACCAAGUCCCCAACUUUGGUCACUGGCUUCACCAAUCUAUAUGCAAUGGAGGUGGAUCCUACUGUCGAGAAUGAAGACAUGGGGAAUAAUAAUGAUGGGAUGGAUAGUUUGUUUUCUGAGCUUUCCAAUGCAAUACCUGGAAUCGACGAGGCCAUGAGCUUUGCUGAGAUGUUGAAAUUGGUGCAAACAAUGGAUUAUUCUGUUAUAGUAUUUGAUACAGCUCCUACAGGCCAUACACUAAGGCUAUUACAGUUUCCUUCAACCUUAGAGAAAGGGCUUGGGAAAAUGAUGUCCUUGAAAAAUAAAUUUGGUGGCUUAUUGAGCCAGAUGACCCGUAUCUUUGGUAUGGGAGAUGAGUUUGGUGAGGAUGCAAUUAUGGGACGGCUCGAAGGCAUGAAAGAUGUCAUUGAACAAGUAAAUAAGCAGUUUAAAGACCCAGAUUUGACAACCUUUGUCUGUGUUUGCAUUCCGGAGUUCCUCUCUCUAUAUGAAACAGAGAGACUGGUGCAGGAACUCACGAAGUUUGAGAUAGACACUCACAACAUCAUCAUUAACCAAGUUCUUUUUGAUGAAGAAGAUGUUGAAUCAAAGUUGCUGAAAGCCAGAAUGCAGAUGCAGCAAAAGUACCUUGAUCAGUUUUACAUGUUGUAUGAUGACUUUAACAUCACUAAGCUACCAUUGUUGCCAGAAGAGGUUACUGGGGUCGAAGCUUUGAAAUCAUUUUCGCAUCAUUUUGUGAGACCAUAUGAACCUUCAACCCAUAGAAACACGGUGGAAGAGCUGGAGAGAAAGGUAUCCACACUAAGGCAACAGUUGAAAGAUACUGAAACAGAACUAGAGAAACUCCGAAAAGGAAAGCAAAAAAUCUAAAUUUUUCCUCAUGCACCACUUUUUGGUGGCCCCUCUUUUUUCCCAUUCUUUGCUACCAAUACUAUCAGGUGGCAUCCUCCAACAUUGAGCUGCCAAUAUUUUUCACUUUUCGGGUAGUAUAUGUACACCAAUUGGAAUAAUUGGAUCGCACUAUUUGAAUGUAGAGAGGAUAUUUUAGUUAUUUUUUGGAGUAUUGAUACUCAGGCAUUUCAAACGUUUUCGUUGAAGUGGUGAUGCCUAUUUAUUCUUCGUUGCCUUGUGCGAUGAAACUGUAUAUUUUGAGGUCUUCUAACUUUUAUCUGCAUCAUGUUUGUGACCA